AUGAAAAAUCCCAAGACAGAUCUGGACGCAUUGUGGAGUUUGGACAGAUUGGGAAUAGAUUGCAGUGAGUUGCGAGAACAAGACCAGAGGGUCUUAAAGGACUUUGAGAGCACUAUAACCUAUUCUGAAAUUGAUAAACAGUAUGUUGUGGCGUUGCCGUGGAGAACCAAUAGAUUCAGAUUGAAGACAAAUUUUGGUUUAGCCAUGAGCAGACUUCGACAGCAGACCAUCAAGUUUCAGAAGGAUGUGGAUUACUUGGAUCAUUAUCAGAAAAUCUUGCAAGAGCAAGAAGAUAGAGGAUUCAUUGAGAAGGUGAUCUAUAAUAAAUCUGAUGUGGAUUGUCAUUACUUGGCACAUCAUGGAGUGCUUAAAGACAGUGCCACUACUCCAAUAAGAAUAGUGUUUGAUUGCUCAUCAAAACAAGGUAAAAAUGGAUUAAGUCUGAAUGAUUGUCUAUGGACUGGACCACACGUAACGGCUGAUCUACUCAGAGUCCUGCUGCAAUUUAGAACUAACACCUUUGCUUGUAUUGGUGAUAUUGAGAAGGCAUUUUUAAUGGUACAGUUGCGGGAAGAAGAUCGCAAUUAUACGCGUUUUUUGUGGUUGGAAAAUCCAACAGAUCCCAAUAGUAAAUUAAUAGUAUACAGAUUUAGAGUAGUAUUAUUUGGAGCUACAUGUUCACCUUUUCUUCUAAAUGCAACCAUCAAGCAUCACUUGUCCACUGUGGUCUCGUGGUUACCCCGGUCCAAUACAGUGGAUGUAGUGGAAAGAUUGAAGAGAGGUUUGUAUGUAGAUAAUUUGCAAUUUACGGCUAAUAGUGAAUCUGAGUUGAUGGAUUUAUACUUUAAUGCCAACAAAAUUUUUGCUCAGGCUCACUUAUAUUUGAAGGAGUGGGUUAGCAAUAGCGAGUCUAUACAAACUAUUGCUGCUGCUUAUCAAAUUGAAGCCAAACAAAAACAAAUUCAUAAAGUAUUGGGAUUGAAUUGGGAUAUAAUUAAAGACGUCUUAACUAUAAAUCCAGCUCGUAUUAAUAGAUCGAGUCAAACAAAGCGAGAGAUUCUCAAUACCGUUGCCCAAAUAUACGAUCCAUUGGGAUUGCUUCUCCCUGUUACUAUGAAAGCAAGGAUAUUUUUGCAGAAAUUGUGGAAGCAACAUCUGGAUUUGGGAUCGAACAACUCGCCAACCCGCUACAAGAGGAAUGGAGUGAAUUACGCAAGGACUUAG